AUGGCAGCAGUCAGCUUUCAAUGUAUGUCUCUUAUCGUGCUAUUUCGUCCCAUGGAAAUGCACCUGCGGAUCAACCAAGUGAAACGCGCUAGACAGACUGCACAAGAAUCAGUUCGACGUGCCGCAGCUGCCCGUCGAGCAGCCACUGAACGUCUGGCCUUGGAAGCCCGACACUUUAAGCGCAUGGUGAUUGCUAAAGCUAGUGCAGAAAGAGCCAUGGCACUUCAACUGCAGCAACAGCAGCUACUGGCUGUGAAAAAGUCUGCGAACGCCAUGAUGGCAGAAGGCCAGUCAGACUCAGAAAUGAAACGGUCGGAUGCCAAGCUUCAGGCCAAUACAUCGUUCGCGUUAGGUACCCGCGGUAGACCUAACAUGGUACUGAUGCGCACUGCGCAGGGCGGCCGGGUUUUUACCGUCCAAAAUCCCAGUCGUGCUCCCCCACCGGAACCAGCCAGACCCAAUCCUAACACUGGCGGUUGGCUACGGAACCGGACGCAUUCUGGACGAGUCGGUCAGACAAAGCGGACUCCGAGUCGACGUAUAGCGACUUAUCGUGGUUCAAUCAUGCAGCGAAUAAUAGAAGAAAAGCGCCGACAGCGAACGAUUUCUGUGGGAAGCCUAGACGGAAUGGUCAUCACCCGGGACAAUGAAUUGAUCGAAGCCUCCUUGGCUGCCAAUUGCGACCGCCCUCUAAUCAGCUCUUCCGCGAUUCAGCGCAUUUCUGAAGCUGUUGCUCGCAAGAUUGAAAUGAAACUUCUUCAGCAACAGUCUACUGCGAUCGACGGUGCGGGAACCACUCCGAGUACCGCUACGCCUGGCGCCUUGGGCAAUCAUACAUUUUCACGAAGCCAUCUACGCGUUAGCUUACCUCACGUAGUUCAGGAGUACAUCCAGUCCCAACUCUCGCUCACGUUUCAACAGCAACAGCAGCAUAGGCAAUCCCUGUGUCAAAUCGGCGAUGUUCAAGUAGCCUCGACCUUCUCUCCCCCGGCUUCCUUAGUUUCACCCACCUCCCAAACGCGCCCGAUUCCUAAUCCCGACUUGGUUUCCAUCCAGCGGGAUUCCACUGUGAUCCCUAACACUACUGGUGUCGCCUCUAUCGUUCUAUGCACUGGUGACACUGCACCAGUUUUCGGACAGUCGACACCCGUGAACACCGCCUUUUCUCGUUCAUUUUGGGACGCAGCCCAAAUGGGGCCCAUCAGCGAUCCACAGCCGAGUCAAGCCAUCACAAAUCUCCGGUCAGGCAAUGCUAAUCCUUCUAGUUGUCCUUCUGAGUCCGUCAGUUUGCGCCGGAACACUUCUAAUGUGAGCCUAGAAUCUCGGCUUCACGGUGGCGGUGCCAGUAUUCUUACAGGUGGAACGAGCGUCGCCGGUCCUUAUGAUGGUGCUGAGUUACUGGACAAUGAAAUCAAAGCGGAAAUUAAUGCCAGACUGCGACGUGAAUUAGCUAGACCACAGUAUAAGAAGGAUUUAUUCUUCACCGGCUCUGUGGCACAACUCGAAUCCAGUCUUGUUCCUUCCGGUCUGCCAUCUAGUCCCGGUCUUGGUCGCGUGAUCGCAAUCGGUCCAGAUAAACGUUCCAUUUGUGCAACAACGGCGCCUCUGGGACAUUCGAAUGCUGCAUUCAAGUCUUCUUGUUUACGGGCGUCGAUGCAGUUAGUGCAACAGCUGAAUGAACACGGUGGACAAGAUGUAAGACUGUCGGUUCCCUAUCUUCUGCUUCCUGAUUUGCUGGCUGAGUUAAACUGGCCGUUAACGGAUUCCGGAUUCGCUAUCUCUGCAAUCGCCGUCGGUAACACUGUUGGUCGACUUAUCGUAACAUUGUACAUUGACAAAGGCUGGUCGUCAUCCUAUCGAUGGGCGGAUUGUCUUUGGUUGAACAAUAUUUCUCUACUCAUCACGAGCAUCGCCGUGGCUCUCAUGCCUGUAUCGCGCAUAUACUAUUCUGCACUGGUUCUUGUGUGCGUGCUAUUCGGAUUCUUCUCAGCCGUAUUUGUCUCCUUGAAGAGCAUUCUAGUGGUGGAACUGCUAGGUUUGGAUAGACUCACCAACUCUUUUGGGUAUAUGCUCCUGAUGCAAGGGAUAGCGGCGGCUGUAGGAACUCCAUUCGCCGGUUAUCUACGCGAACUUCAGCUGAGCAAACACCUACCGCAUGAUAUGUUGGCAGUUCAUGUUUGCCCCGUUCACCAUGCAACGUCCAUGGGGUUUUAUUUCGCCGCUGGAUGUCUAUUUUUGGCUUGUCUUCUAUCUUGUCCUCUCCGACGACUUUCGCUAAAAGAAUGUCGUACGAUAGUUCUCGAGGCACACCACCCGUAUGCUGCGAAUCCAAUGUUUGAGUUCGGCCCUGGUCACACUGCUUUGGAUGCACAUAUUCCCUCACAAACUGGGGACACUGAAUUGCACCCCGGACUUCCUGAGCCCAACGGAAUCGCCAAUUGUGUUACCAAUUUCUCUGAUGCAUUUACAAAAAAUGCCGGCGAUUUCCCUCACGAGCAAGCUGGUGUGGCUUUUACGAGUAACCAGAAUUCAGAAAAUCAACCAGGAAUCGCAUUGCAACCUGCCCAGGUAGCCGCUAGUCAGGCUGCCUCCGUAUCUGGCUCACCCGGCUCGGCCUGUCCCGGCUUACUCGAUGUAGGCUCACCAUGUAUGCUGGCCACCAUUGAUGAGAACUUGCCUGUUGUCGGUGGCAAUGUUGGCACGUUGGAUACAGUUGACCUAGGCAUUCCUUCCGCAGUAAGCCCGAAUGCUGAAAACUUGUCUGUGUUCGAUGGCUUGGCCACCUCUAUGUUAGGAGUCGGUGCAUUAGUCCUUCCUGCUUCCGGUGUUGCAGCCUCUGCAGCCUGUACAGUACCUACAGCUAUGAAUCCGCAACUAAAGAAGGUAGAGGUUAUGACUGUUCAAGAAGAACCUGGGCUAGAACCUGUUGCUGAAGAGGAAGAGGAGUACGAGGAAGAAGAGGAGCCAGCUCCGGACAUUGGUGAGGAAGUCGAGGGUGGGUCUUCAGCCGGACCUUCAGACACGGGAGCACACACGGACUCCACGGGACUCUCUAUAGUAUCCCCCUCUUCUGACCAUCCGGAAAAUUCCGCUUCAGAGGAACAGGUGCCUGCGAAAAAAUGGAAGCGCAGAAAGCGAAAGGUGGGCCACUUAGCCCAUCAUCCUACAUCAGAGAUCCGACUCCCACUAACCGAAUCUGGGGACCCGGAAACAGGAUUGCCAGCUACCUCUGAGAAAAUUGACAUUGAGGGACCCAAUACAGAUUAGUGCUUGUAUUGCUAGUCCUCUGUACAUAGAUUUCUUUCGCUUUUUUCUUACGGAUUGUGCAUCCGACAACUCUUUCGUUGCACCCUACUUAACUGAAUGGGUGGUAUGCGCGCCGUGUACAUCUUGUUAUACUCCACGGAUUAUACCAGGCCAAUACCCAUGGAUUCACUGUGCAGCGACGUCGAUGUAAGCCGAGCCGACCUACACUCCCCCAGAUUUCCACUGUCUCAACCAUGUCUGUCACUGCUUUUACCGAUGGUGUUCUCCAAGCGGAUCAUUUUUUUCACCUAUCAGCAAUACUGUGGUGCAAUGCUUCUGCAUGUUUUCUCCACGUCGUUUACCUUGUCGCUGAUGAUUUCAUCCUCUUCUCUUGACAAUUAUCUGGUUUCGGUUUUGUCCAAUUCAUUGCUAUUUUUGGAUUCCAAAAUUUCAUCAUUCCUAUCAUCGUUUUACUCCUGUUCAAUGCAUUUUGAUUCACGCGCCGAUGUUAUCAUUGUCAACGGCAAUAUAUAAUUUACCAAGUCCA